GGAAAAAACAAAAAAAAAACGACCACAGAAGCCAACAAAAGUUACAAAACACCUCGUUACAGCAAUGGCGAGCAACAGCGGGGUAGGAGAAAUCGAGGAGACGGAGGCGGCGGCGCCGCUACUGCAGAACACCGAGGGGCCGGAACCAGUUCUGAGGAAGAACCGGUCCGUCACAACAAGUGUGCCGGAGGCGGAGGUGCACAUCUACAGUAGAGGGAAAGGCCCGAUCGAUGUCAUCAAAAUGGGGUUGGGUGGGUGGGACCAGGACCAGCUCGAGGUCCGAGAAAUCCUCGACAAGUACGGCUUCAAAACGGCCUACGCGUUCACGCCUGGAUCGGGUCGGGGCCUGCCGAUCCGGUUCAACCCGAGGAAUGGCCGCUCAAUGCUCACGUACAAAGAUGGCGCUCGUGUUUACGUCGACGGCGAGCCUAAGGAUUCGUUGCUCAAGCCCAUCACCAGAAUAAUACUAAGCGUGGCAUUGAUAACCAUCAUCAUAGUCUUCGCUAUGAAGGAGACACCAGUGUGGGCGAAAAAUCUGCAGUCCUCAGUCGGUCCAAUCCCACCGUGGGUUCUAGCGUGUGUAGUUAUCGUCUUCACACGAAUGAGGAAGAGAACCAAGAGUUUUCUGGAGAAAUACCUCUAGCCAAGCCUUGAGACGACUCUUCACUCGAACCGAGACAAUCUUACGUCCUGUAUUAUUUUGACUUGCACAUCUCAUGUAAGAUCAUAGUAUCAUGGUUUUGCUCUCAUCUACUGUAUGGGCUACAUAAAUUUUGUGCUGUAGAUUAUUUCCACCUAACUGAUAUGUUAAGCAACCUCUGUUUCAAUAUGUUUGUGCUUCUGUGACAAAAACUGAAGCUGUGAAACACGAUUUACCAAAUAACAAUAAUUACAGGUUUCAUUGAA